GUUGCACCUACAUCAUCAGGCAUGACUAAACAGAUGGAAACUUCCAAAAGGAGUGAGAAGGCAAAGACUGUGACUUUGUCUGAACACGCAAAUAACGUAACACAGAUAUCUACAGCAGAUGGAGUGAUAAAUAACCUUCAAAAGGAUGACUCUCUGGAUUCUGGUUCCUAUGGAAAACAGGCUGAAACUCAUGAUAGCGGAACACCAGCCAAAACUAUUGGCAGGUUUUCAGUAAUCAGCACGCAGGAUGAAUUAACUUUAGCAGCGCCGCCCUGCUUAAGGUACUCGGCACCCCCAGACGUCUACUUGGAUGAGCUGCCUUCCAGCCCUGAUCUGAAGACAGCUGUCCGACGGGUGCAGAUGGCCUCUUCUGUCGAUGUCCUCUGUGACCAGGGUUCGAGUGAUUCUGCUGAUGAGUCCUUCCAUCGUCAGGCAGCUGCUGCUGCCCAACUGUCCCCCCCGAGCAGUAGUGCAGCCACUGACUUAAUUAAAAAAGCAGCUGCUUUUCUGCAAAGAUCUGGCAAACCUAGCUCGCCAGGCCUAGAUUCACCCAAUGGGCAGGGGACAAAAAUUCCUACCAUCAACAUAACAUCUUUCCACUCGCAGUCCUCAUACAUGAGCAGCGACAAUGACUCGGAAUUUGAAGAUGCAGACAUGAAGAAAGAAUUGCAGAACCUGAGAGAAAAACAUAUGAAAGAAAUUGCUGAACUUCAGACUCAGCAGAAGAAUGAGAUAGAGGCACUGUAUAUUCGGUUAGGGAAACCCCUUCCUCCCAACAUGGGGUUCCUUCACUCAGCCCCACCGAGUGGCCGUCGCCGAAGAACCAGCAAAAAUAAAUUGAAAGGUGGAAAACUACUAAACCCUCUGGUCCAGCAGCUCAGAAGUGGAACAUCAAGCACAAAUAAUCUUUCAGACUUUAAAGACUCACGCCACAAAGACACAGCUAAAGUUCAGCCUGGCUCUCCGGAAGCAGCAGCAGUAACUUCCCCGGCAUCAGCCGCCUUUGGGAAGGCUGUUCAGACACAGCAGCCCUGCUCUGUCAAAGCCUCUUUGUCUUCUGACAUCUGCUCCGGCCUAGGCCCCGAAGGAGGCGACGUGAACGCAAGCACUGGCCAAGGCUGGACGGUUUUCCACCAAACGUCUGAGAGAGUGACCUAUAAAUCUAGUAGCAAACCUCGUACCAGAUUCCUCAGUGGACCUGUGUCUUUGUCCAUCUGGUCCACCUUGAAACGACUAUGUCUAGGCAAAGAUCACAGUAGUAGAUCCUCGACAAACAGUCUCGUAACGUGUCCUGAGCCCCUCCAGCAAUCAACCCUGCAGGUUCAGGCCAACAACAGUAACAACAAGAAAGGCAUGUUCACAGACGAUCUUCACAAGCUGGUUGACCAGUGGACAAGCAAAACUGUUGGAGCCGCACAGACAAAACCUUCUUUAAACCAACUGAAGCAGAACCAAAAAAGGCAAGACAUGGAGCCAAAGGCUAACCCCAUGCAAACACAGAGUGAGACAUGUGGA